AUGACUUCGUAUGGAUUCCUUUUGUAUGGCCCUGGUUCUUAUGCCUGGUAUCAGUGUCUUGACCACUUUCUCCCCAAACCGACGGUCCAUAAUCUAAUGUUCAAGGUUUUACUAAACCAGAUUGUAUUAGGUCCAUGUGUAAUUGGUGUUGUUUUUGCAUGGAACAAUUUAUGGCAAGGGAGGCUCUCUGAGCUUCCGGAAAAAUACAGAAGAGAUGCUCUUCCAACGUUGUUUUAUGGUUUUAGAUUCUGGAUCCCU